AGUGCCCGGAGCCGCGGCGGCAGAGCGGAGCGGAGCGGGGCAGGAGCAGCGCGGCGCGGAGCCAGGCGGCGGGACGGCGACGGGGGCACCGGCGCGCAGGGCCCGGCUGGCGGCCGCGAGGGCAUAGGGGAGGCGAGCCGGAGCGCGGAGCCACGGCCACGCUGACCACCCAGCCCGGCCACAGCAGCGCCCGCCGUCGCGAGCGCGCCCAGGGCAGCGCGCGGGCGAGUGCGCGCGGGCGGGGGCGCGUAGGCCCUGCCCGCCCCUUCCGUCGCCACCCCACUCCGCCCCUUCCUCUCCCCACCUUCCUCUCCCCUCCUGCGCCCCCGCCGCGGGCGCCUACCGUGUCCUCCUCCUGCGGGAGCGCUGUCCGCGGCGACGGCCGGAGCAGGCCGGGCCGGGCCGGGGGAUGGCGCUGCUGGACCUGGCCCUGGAGGGAAUGGCCUUAUUCGGGUUCUCCCUCUUCUUGGUGCUGUGGCUGAUGCAUUUCAUGUCCAUCAUCUACACCCGAUUGCACCUCAACAAGAAGGCAACUGACAAACAGCCAUAUAGCAAGCUCCCAGGCGUGUCUCUUCUGAAACCACUGAAAGGAGUGGAUCCCAAUCUCAUCAACAACUUGGAAACUUUUUUUGAAUUGGAUUAUCCCAAAUAUGAAGUACUCCUCUGUGUACAAGAUCAUGACGAUCCAGCCAUUGAUGUAUGUAAGAAGCUUCUUGGAAAAUAUCCAAAUGUCGAUGCCAGAUUGUUUAUAGGUGGCAAAAAGGUUGGCAUUAAUCCUAAAAUUAAUAAUCUAAUGCCAGGAUAUGAAGUUGCAAAGUAUGAUCUUAUCUGGAUUUGUGAUAGUGGAAUAAGAGUGCUUCCAGACACACUCACUGACAUGGUGAACCAAAUGACAGAGAAAGUCGGCCUGGUUCACGGGCUGCCGUACGUAGCAGACAGACAGGGCUUUGCCGCCACGUUGGAACAGGUAUAUUUUGGAACUUCUCAUCCGAGGUCCUAUAUCUCUGCCCAUGUAACUGGUUUCAAAUGUGUAACAGGAAUGUCUUGUUUAAUGAGAAAGGAUGUGUUAGACCAAGCAGGAGGGCUUAUAGCUUUUGCUCAAUACAUUGCUGAAGAUUACUUUAUGGCCAAAGCAAUAGCUGACCGAGGUUGGCGGUUUGCGAUGUCCACUCAAGUUGCCAUGCAGAACUCUGGCUCAUAUUCCAUUUCUCAGUUUCAAUCCAGAAUGAUCAGGUGGACUAAAUUACGAAUUAACAUGCUUCCUGCUACAAUAAUUUGUGAGCCGAUUUCAGAAUGCUUUGUUGCCAGUUUAAUUAUUGGAUGGGCAGCCCACCAUGUAUUCAGAUGGGAUAUUAUGGUAUUUUUCAUGUGUCAUUGCCUGGCAUGGUUUAUAUUUGACUACAUUCAACUCAGGGGUGUCCAGGGUGGCACACUGUGUUUUUCAAAACUUGAUUAUGCAGUAGCUUGGUUCAUCCGUGAAUCCAUGACGAUAUACAUUUUUUUGUCGGCAUUAUGGGACCCUACGAUAAGCUGGAGAACUGGCCGCUACAGGUUGCGCUGUGGGGGCACCGCAGAGGAAAUCCUAGAUGUAUAACUACAGCUUUGUGACUGUACAUACAGGAGAAAAAAGAAGUAUUAUAAAUUAUGUUUAUAUAAAUGCUUUUAAAGAUCUACCUUCAGUAGUUUUAUCACAUGUAUGUUUUGGUAUCUGUUCUUUAAUUUAUUUUUUGCAUGGCACUUGCAUCUGUGAAAAAAAAAAAAAAAAAGAAACACAUCUGUAGUCUUGGCCAAAUGGUAUACAUUAUUUUGUGGACGUAGAGAAUCAAGAGAAUUGGUUCUAGGAACCUGGGUCUGGUUUUUGUUGUUUUUUGAAUAUAUAUAUAUAUAAUUUUAUAUAUAUAUAAUUUUUUUUUCAUUCAAAUGCUCUGCAGCAAACACUGACAGUAUCCUUCAGUAGAAAAAGUUUCUUAUUUAUGAGUACACUCUUUUAGAACAUUGAUGGAAUGGCAGCAGCUUUGUUUUGGGGUUCAGAAAAGACUAAAGUGAAUGGUAUUGCGCAGUGAACAAUCCGCAGCGAGGUACGAACGGGAAACUUUUUCAUGCUUUAUGCCUACCUCUCGUAGUUGUUGCAGAGCAGAUAAAAAGUGUAACAAGGUAGCCAGGCCUUGCAAAAACAAACAGAAAAACUUUACAAAAUAAUAAUAACGAACGAGCUGGAGUCUAGUAUUUCUAUAAAUCUGUGAGGAAGAUUUUUUUUUUUUUUGGCGUCACUGCAAUGAACCCAAAGUGGUUGAGUUUGGUUUUUAAUCAUAGCCAUGUAUCGAAGGCAUCUUUUUGACCAACUCUUGUUGGCUCUGUCUUGAACCAUUGUUAAACACUGUGCUGGUAACCCUUUCCUUCCCUGUCCCUCACCUCACCCACCCCAUCUGUCCUUAACUAUCAGGGGGGUGGGGGUGGGGGGGGUUGUUUUAAGUGUGAGUAGAUGUUUUGAUAGUUAUGAGGAAAAAUGCAUUUCAGACACAUUUCACACGAGCUAUUUUCUUAAACAGUAUGUCUCAUUGUUAAAAAGAAUGUAAUUACAGGUAUUUAAUAUCUUUUUUAAAGUAAAUCUUCUAGCCAUCAAUAAAUAAAUUGCAGUGGGGUAUAAGACGGGACAGGAUGACUUUUACUCUUAAAUAAUCAGUAUCAACCAAGUCUACUGUGCGUGUGGUUGGUUUUCUGCUUUAUUUUAUUAUAUUUUUUUUUGGUUUUUUACUAUUACAGUUAGUCUAGUCUUAUUUAAAUUGGAUUUUUGUAUUCCAGUUUGUAUGACAAAAUAGACUAGAACAGUGCUCCUUGUAAAUGCAUGCCGUAUUUCCCUCUCCCCUCCCUUCAGGCCGCUAAACUUGCUUGUCAGGUUGUGCUUAGCUUGUGGUGAACUGGACUUGUUUUUUGCUUUUUAAAAAAUAGGCAAAUAUGUAAGGGACAGUGCAUAAGCCUUUUUCUUUUUCUUUCUUUCUUUCUUUUUUUUUUUAUGGUAGUGGAAUGUUUGCUUUUCCUUUAGGCAGGGAUGGCAUGUUGUCCGUAUGAACGCCUGCUGCGGGGCUGACACUGACAAUAUGGCAGCUUUAAUUCUAAGUUACUCAGUUUCCAUGUCCAACUAUCAUGUGUAGCAUAUUAGCAAUAACUACAGUUUGUAGAAAAUGAACACGUUUUCACUGCACUGAGCCAAUUCAUUUAAUUGUCAAAUGACUAUAUACAUAGUUUAAAUUGUAAUAUAUCUAUAAAUGUGUAUAUACUGUGUAUACACAUUGUAUACAAGCCUCUCUCUGGGCCAAACUACUUCAUUCUUUUUCUUUUUCCUUUUGCCUUAUGAUGAGUUUGUUUUGAAGGGCAUCUUCUUCAUGAACAAAGGCUUUGAUGCAUCACCCUUUCUAUGUGAAAUGGGUAGUACUGUUCCCUGAGGAAAGUUGCACAGGGAAAGCCAGUCUAGUUGUGACCCACUCCGUGUGUAUGCUUGUAAAUCACUGUUGUACAAGUUGACUUUUGCUGACCAUGUUUGUAACUUGUUGGUUGAUUCAUGAAGUUUGGUUGAUGCCACCCUUGGCCUGCUGAAGCGAAAUCAUGCUUAUUACUUAGCUUUUUGCUGAUGUCAGCAUGGGUAAGGGAACAACAAAACCAAAAUGGCUGGACAGACUUCCUGUGUUCUGUAAAUACAUCAUGACUGUUCUGUGUGUGUUUGAUGUGGGAGUGGAGGAUUUCUUUAAAGUGAAGCUUCGUGGGAGCAGACAGAGUGAUUUUUUGUUUAGCGAGUUUAGAGUGGUGAUAAAAUGGUAAAAAAUAAAUAAAUAUUAAUGUCGAAGAGAGCGUCACAACAGAACUGUAGAAAUCCAAAUUUAAUAAACUGUCUUUUUAAAAGUAUCUAGACUAUACCAUGUCUUAUUAUUUAAGAUCAUUGUCCUUAUGUUUUUUUGUUCAAAAAAUAAAAAUUUGAAUACAAUCAAAA